GUCUGGGCUGCCUCGGCUGCUGUCCUGGGGCUGCAGUGACUACUGUGUGCCUGGCCUGGGCACCCCGUGUCUACGGGUGUGAGGAGGACACGGUCAUACUCCUUCCUAGCCCUCUCUGACCUGUCCUUCACCCCAUCCAGGGAGGGCAGCCCUGCCUCAGGCUGCAAGGCCAAGCCUGCCAUCUGCUGAGUGACCGGGCUGCUGUCCUCCCUGCCCUGGACCCCAGCACUGCCCCGGGAAGCCUUGUGCUGGUGGAGCCAGCCUUCCUCCAGAGGGGCCAAGGCGGGUAGGUCCUCACUGUUGGGGGCUCCUGGAAGGUUAAGGAAAUCCAAGGACGAAAGGGAGACACCUGUUCUGCAUCCUGUCUCCUUAGAAGCGCCCUGCGGUGCUCAAGCCGAGUCCCCAUGGCCUUGCUGAGCCGAGCCCUGCGUGUGGCCGCCACCCGUCCUCGCCGGAGCCCUGCCCAGGGCCUGGGGCUGCGACUCCUGACCAGUGGGGCCGGGCCCCCCCCUGAGAAGAGUGUGCCCUACCAGCAGACCCUGAAAGAGGCACGGGACCCCUGGGCAGGCGCCCAGGGCCCAAGCCGGCCCCUGCCCAGCACAGCCAACGUGGUGGUCAUCGGCGGGGGCAGCUUGGGCUGCCAGACCCUCUACCACCUGGCCAAGCUGGGCAUGAGCGGGGCAGUGCUACUGGAGCGGGAGCGGCUGACCUCCGGGACCACCUGGCACACGGCGGGCCUGCUAUGGCAGCUGCGGCCCAGCGACGUGGAGGUGGAGCUUCUGGCCCACACGAGGCGCGUGGUGAGCCGCGACCUGGGGGAGGAGACGGGGCUGCACACGGGCUGGAUCCAGAACGGGGGCCUGUUCAUCGCGUCCAACCGGCAGCGUCUGGAUGAGUAUAAGAGGCUCAUGUCGUUGGGCAAGGCCUAUGGCGUGGAGUCCCACGUGCUGAGCCCGGCAGAGACCAAGGCACUGUAUCCGCUGAUGAAUGUGGAUGACCUCUACGGGACCCUGUACGUGCCACAUGACGGUACCAUGGACCCCGCCGGCACCUGUACCACCCUCACCAGGGCCGCCACUGCCCGGGGAGCGCAGGUCAUUGAGAACUGCCCGGUGACCGGCAUCCGUGUGCGGACGGAUGAUUUUGGGGUGCGGCGGGUCGAGGCUGUGGAGACAGAGCACGGCUCCAUCCAGACGCCCUGCGUGGUCAAUUGUGCAGGAGUGUGGGCAGGCGCUGUGGGCCGGAUGGCUGGCGUCAAGGUCCCGCUGGUGGCCAUGCACCAUGCCUACGUCGUCACCGAGCGCAUUGAAGGGAUCCAGAACAUGCCCAACGUCCGCGACCACGACGCCUCCAUCUACCUCCGCCUCCAAGGGGACGCCUUGUCCGUGGGCGGCUACGAGACCAACCCCAUCUUCUGGGAGGAGGUGUCGGACAAGUUUGCCUUUGGCCUCUUCGACCUGGACUGGGAAGUGUUCGCCCAGCACAUUGAAGGCGCCGUCAACCGGGUCCCCGUGCUGGAGAAAACGGGGAUUAAGUCCACAGUCUGCGGCCCAGAGUCAUUCACACCGGACCACAAGCCCCUGAUGGGGGAGGCACCCGAGCUCCGUGGGUUCUUCCUGGGCUGCGGCUUCAACAGUGCAGGAAUGAUGCUGGGAGGUGGCUGUGGGCAGGAGCUGGCCCACUGGAUCAUCCACGGGCGCCCGGAGAAGGACAUGCACAGCUACGACAUCAGGCGCUUCCAUCACUCGCUCACGGACCACAGCCGCUGGAUUCGAGAGCGCAGCCACGAGUCCUACUCCAAGAAUUACUCGGUCGUCUUCCCCCACGACGAGCCCCUGGCUGGACGCAACAUGAGGACAGACCCCCUGCACGAGGAACUCCUCGCACGAGGCUGUGUGUUCCAAGAGCGGCACGGCUGGGAGCGGCCGGGAUGGUUCAGUCCCGACGGCGCGGCUCCGGUGCUCCCUUACGACUACUACGGGGCCUACAGACAGCGGGCGCACGAGGACUACGUCUACGGCAGGCUUCUGGGCCACGAGUACACCUUCGACUUCCCGCCCCACCACGACGUGAUCAAGAAGGAGUGUCUGGCCUGCAGAGGGGCCGCUGCUGUGUUUGACAUGUCCUACUUCGGGAAGUUCUACUUGGUGGGCCUGGACGCGAGGAAGGCUGCCGACUGGCUCUUCUCGGCCGAUGUCAGCCGGCCCCCAGGCUCCACGGUGUACACCUGCAUGCUGAACCACCGCGGGGGCACCGAGAGCGACCUGACCGUCAGCCGCCUUGCUCCCAGCCCCCAGACCUCCCCGCUGGCCCCUGCCUUUGAAGGGGACGGCUACUACCUGGCCGUGGGCGGGGCUGUGGCCCAGCACAACUGGUCCCACAUCACCACGGUGCUGCAGGACAGGAAGUUCCGCUGCCAGCUCGUCGACAGCUCCGAGGACCUGGGCCUGGUCAGCGUCCAGGGCCCAGCCAGCCGGGCCAUUCUCCAGGACGUGCUCGAUGCAGACCUGAGCAAUGAGGCCUUCCCGCUCUUCACUCACAAGCUGGUGAGAGCCGCCGGGCACCUGGUCCGGGCCAUGAGGCUGUCCUUCGUUGGGGAGCUGGGCUGGGAGCUGCACAUCCCGAGGCCGUCCUGCCUGCCCGUGUACCAGGCUGUGAUGGCAGCAGGGGCCAAGCACGGCCUCGUCAAUGCCGGGUACCGGGCCAUCGACUCCCUGAGCAUCGAGAAAGGCUACCGGCACUGGCACGCCGACCUGCGGCCUGACGACAGCCCCCUGGAAGCGGGUUUGGCCUUCACCUGCAAGCUCAAGUCCGCCAUCCCCUUCCUGGGGCGCGAGGCCCUGGAGAAGCAGCAGCCCAAGGGCCUCUGCCGGCGCCUGGUGGGCUUCACCGUGGACGAGAAAGUGCCCAUGUUCGGCCUGGAGGCCAUCUGGAGAAACGGCCAGGUGGUGGGCCACGUCCGGAGGGCCGACUUUGGGUUCACCAUUGACAAGACCCUGGCCUACGGCUACAUCCGGGACCCCAGCGGCGGGCCGGUCUCGCUGGACUUCGUGAAGAGUGGAGAGUACGCCCUGGAGAGGAUGGGGGUGACCUACCCGGCCCAGGCUUACCUCAAGUCUCCCUUCGAUCCCGACAACAAGAGGAUGAAGGGGAUCUACUGAGGGGCCAAGGGCAGGGCCUCAGCCGAUCCGGAGGCCAGCGACCUGCCGUCCCGUCCCACACCGUCCACUCCCAGGGGCCCCUGCCACCCUGGGCCCCAGGACGCUGACCCUGGCCAGAAUUUGGGCUCCCCCUGCCCUCAGUCGAGGCCUGCGAACCAUCCCCCCCAAACAGAUGCAAACUGAGAGGGUGGAAAGAGGACCCAGAAGGCCCGUUCUGUGGUCACUGACCAAAGGGUGGUCUCGAGUCCACCCACACCCUAAAAAAGCCACCCGUAACCCUUAGGCUCAGGGACCAUGCCUGUAGCCCUUGAGAGCUUCUGAGAAGGCACUUAGGCAACACUCGAUAAGGCCUGUGUCAAAGCAGGGAGGCAGAGAGCUUUACCCUGUGUUCCCAUCCCUGACUGGCAGGCCGCCCAGAGCAGCCUUGGAGAGUUGUAAGGUGUGUCUGGAACUGGGGACAGUGUGGGGAUUGAUUAGUACUGUCUGCCUCAGGCACAGUAGGGAAGGCAUAGAGCGUGCGUGCCAGACUGGCACGGUCCCUGAGGUCAAGGUUAGCAGAAUGGUCUGUUUCCCAGAUCCCAGGAAGGGUGGGGGGUGGAUCCAGAAAGCAAGCUCUUCCUGCCUUGACCUCUCAGUUCUUCACACAGGAAAACCUCCUGAGAGUUCCCAGCCCUGAAAUCAGUGCCAGAAGCAGGGGUGGGAGAAUAUCAGAGCAGCACCCUCCCUCACCUGUGCAGAAGCUCCCUCUCCUGCCUUGGUUUCCCCGAGAGCCCCUCGCUCUCUAGGUCUGGAGAGGAAGGCAGGCUGCUGGGUGAGAACCUGGCAGAAUCCUCCUGCCUGGGUGGCCUCUGUCCUUACUCUUUGAUUAGGACUGAGCUCUGAGUCUCCCACUCUUCCGGCCCCCUGGGGAUGGGCCUCACACAGGCCCUUGAAAGGGGGUGAGUCCCCCGCUCCCUUCGUGGGGCUUCCAGAACUGUCCUCCGUGCCUCAGGAGGAGCCCUGCCUCCCUGCCGGGAUGGGGGCCAGCCCAGGGCCCGGGCAGCUCCCACAAAGCUGCACCACGCGGCUGUGCCCCAGCGAGCCCGGCCCCGUGGGGAGCAGGGGUGGCAGACGCUCAGGGGACACGGAGGACAAGGCUGCCGCCGACACAGGCAGGAAGCCACGCGGUGACUGAGGAGUGGGCAGUCCCUGCAGGGCCCAGGCUGCUCUCGGAGGCGCACACACCACACAGCCCCACUGCGGACGGGGCCGGAACAGGUCAGGCCAAUAAAGUCAAGGCCGUGGGAAGA